CCCACCGUUUUCCUAAUUUGACAGAUCGAGUUGUCACUUUUGGGGGCAUCGGCAUGUUUAUCGAAAAAACCGUUGUUCGAAUCCUAUAAUUCCAAAUGAAAAGCAAUUAAUUAAUUAAUUAUGUGCCUGUGGUGAGUGUAAUUUGAAGCGGUUUUCAAACCUUCAGUGAAAGCAAAGGAAAAUGAGCGGAUGCCCUAAUGAUUCAAAAAAAAUUGAACUCCAAUCAAACAGUACGUGUAGGCCCCCAGAUAUUCACGAUUUUUGCAUUAUAAAGCCAAUAAGUCGAGGGGCUUUCGGAAAAGUUUUUUUGGGGGCUAAAAAAACCAACAUGGAUACGAUGUAUGCCAUCAAAGUGAUGAAAAAAACUGAAAUGAUAAAUAAAAACAUGGUGCUACAAGUGGUUAAUGAGAGGAAUGCAUUGGCUCUUACGAAAAGUCCAUUUUGUGUUCAGCUGUUCUAUUCACUACAGACGUCUUCAUCAAUUUACUUAGUUAUGGAAUACAUGGUGGGAGGAGAUUUGAAAUCUUUAUUAAGCGUCUAUGGGUUUUUUGAUGAGUCUAUGGCAACAUUUUAUAUUGCAGAAGUAGCUCUAGCCCUAAAGUAUUUGCACCAGCACAGCAUAAUUCAUAGAGACAUUAAACCGGACAACAUGCUGCUAUCAAAAGAAGGACAUGUCAAACUCACAGACUUUGGUUUAUCCAAAGUACAUAUGCACAGAGACUUGGAAAUUACGGAUUUUGAAAAUUGCACUCCUAAUUUACAUCUUAGAACCCCAGGCCAGUUGUUAAGUUUAACCUCACAUUUAAGUUUUGGAUCUGGUGUUUCUAGGUGUAAUAGUUAUUCAAACAAUAGCUCAUUAUUUUUACAUUCUGAAGAAAUAUCUGUGUUGAAAGAGAGCAACACAUCUACCCUUGGCAAUUCUAAUAAAUCAAAUGAAAAAUCUAAUGAAAAUAAGAGUAAAAACCACACAGGCUUGUCAGGAGUUCAUUUUUUGUCAGCCGAUAAUUAUACACCCCUUAGGUCUGUUGAUAAUACAGAAAACUCUUCUUACCAUACAUGUGCCUCAAGCUUACAGACUUCACAUGAUACCUUGAACAAUAGCAGUUCGUCUCCACUUAGCAGAAAGAUUCCCAGUAGAUUAGGAUUGUAUUAUAAAGGCAGAGAAACUGAGAGGAAAAGGAAAAAUAGAAGCCCAAGUCCAGGAAGUAUUAGGAAAACUUAUGUUAGGACAGGCUUAACUGGGGAAAUGGAAAUAUUAAGAGUUGAUUCCACUAGUCCACCUAAAGGAGUAACAUUUUCAACACCAGUCUCAGCCCAAAGGACCUCACAUCUAAAAUCCACAAGGUUUCAAAUACCAAAGUCAACUCCUGACCAGUCAAAGAAGCAAGAAGAAUUAUCCAGUCAAGUAAGUCCCAUACCAAGCGAACAUGCGACCCCCAAAUCCCCAAGAACUCCUUACAGAACCCCAAAAUCAGUGAAAAGAGGCCAGUGGAGCUCUGACCAAAGAAUAUUGGGAACACCUGAUUAUUUAGCUCCUGAAUUGCUUCUGAAGAAGGGCCAUAAUCAUGCGGUUGACUGGUGGGCUUUGGGAGUGUGUUUUUAUGAAUUCGUGACUGGAGUUCCACCUUUCAAUGAUGAAACACCUCAGCAAGUUUUUAAAAAUAUAUUGGAGCAUAAUAUUGAAUGGCCUACAGAUGAUGAAGCUUUGUCUGAUCCAGUUGUUGCAGCCAUUGAAAGUCUUUUAAUCCAUGAUCCUGAAGGGAGGGCUGGGGUGAAGGAAUUAAUGCAUCAUGAGGCUUUUAAGCACAUCGAUUGGUCAAAUUUGUUGAAUAUGACCCCACCAUUUGUGCCGGAUCCUUGUGAUCUGACUGACACCGCCUAUUUUCAAGCUAGAAAUGAAUUGCUUAAUUUUAAUUUGUCUAGUUUUGAUUUGUAAUUUUUUUGACCUACAGUUAGGUUCCUGUGAUACUUAUUAUGUUUUUAUUGUCUUUUUUUAACAGUUGCAGUGUAGGAAUAAAAAGGUAAUAUAGUAUUUUAAUUUAUUGAAAAAUUGAACUCAAUUAUUGAAAAAUGUGUAAUAUAAAUGUUAUAUUUUGUAA